UGGUUAUUAGCCAUCUAGGCAAACCUGGAGAAGAUUUGGGAUUAGAUACACACUAUGGUUUAUGUAUUAGGCAAGAAAGUACUGUUUCACUACAUCGAAAUGACAGGAAAGCUCUUGAAAAGAAGAAAUUGGACUGGAGGGAUUGGCAUGCCUUCAUUGAGCCAUGGGAGGGGUCCCAAUUGGUAUUUGUUUCUGGACAGCUGCUUAUAUGUCAGAGGCUUGGAAUUGGCAACAGCUAAAACAGUCUCCGCAGUGGUUUGCUGACCUCACCCAAGUUCCACAGCCCUACUCUGCCUGAUCCUUUUUUCUUGAGCUUGAGAGCUAAAAUGCUCCUAAGCUCUUUUCUAUUGGCUGGGAAGACCAAUUGAAGUUCCCUUUCCCAUGUUAGGAGGUAUACGCCUCCCGAGUUAAAGAUAGAAACAGCUGGCCUUUCCAGGCAGCUAAAAGCCUUCAGACUAAGAGGAGUUCCCCAUUCAGCUGCCAGACUCCUUGAAAUACCCUUUCAGUAGUUCUACCAACGCCUCCAUGUCUCGUCUCUGCCAUAACAAAGGCUGUGGGCAACACUUUGACCCCAGUGCCAACCUUCCUGAUUCCUGUUGCCAUCACCCUGGGGUCCCAAUCUUCCAUGAUGCACUUAAGGGUUGGUCAUGCUGCCAAAAACGAACUGUAGAUUUCUCUGAAUUCUUAAACAUCAAGGGCUGUACUAUGGGACCACACUGUGCUGAGAAGCUUCCUGAGGCCUCUCAACCUGAGGGCCCUGCUACAAGCAGUUCACUUCAGGAACAAAAACCUCUGAAUGCAAUUCCAAAGUCAGCAGAGACCUUGCGCCGUGAGAGGCCCAAGUCAGAGUUACCUCUGAAGCUGCUGCCACUAAACAUUUCCCACACUCUGGAAAUGGCAUUGGAACAAAAGGAACUAGACCAGGAACCUGGGGCAGGACUUGACAGUAAUCUGAUCCGGACUGGUUCCAGCUGCCAGAACCCAGGAUGUGAUGCUGUUUACCAAGGCCCAGAGAGUGAUGCUACUCCAUGUACUUACCACCCAGGAGCACCUCGAUUUCAUGAGGGGAUGAAGUCUUGGAGCUGUUGUGGUAUCCAGACCCUGGAUUUUGGGGCAUUCCUGGCACAGCCAGGGUGCAGAGUUGGUAGACAUGAUUGGGGGAAGCAGCUGCCAGCAUCUUGCCGCCAUGAUUGGCACCAGACAGAAUCCUUAAUUGUGGUGACUAUAUAUGGCCAGAUUCCACUUCCUGCAUUCAACUGGGUGAAAGCCAGUCAAACUGAGCUUCAUAUCAACAUUGUUUUUGAUGGCAACCGGGUGUUUCAAACACAGAUGAAACUCUGGGGGGUCAUAAACGUGGAGCAGAGCUCUGUCUCUUUGAUGCCAACUCGGGUUGAAAUCUCCCUGGUCAAGGCUGACCCAGGAUCCUGGGCCCAGCUGGAGCACCCUGAUGCACUAGCUGAGAAGGCUAGGUCAGGGGCUGUGUUAGAGAUGGAUGAGGAAGAAUCUGAGGAUUCAGAUGAUGAUCUGAGCUGGACAGAGGAGGAGGAGGAGGAAGAAGAGGAGGAAGCAAUGAGGGAAUAGUGACACGACACAACUGACUGUCUAGAUGGGACCUAAAUGACUGUUAGAAUCUCAGAGAGGAGGGUAUGCCUGGUCAUGUGUUACUGAGCAAUAGGAGGCUAAAGGAGGGGAGAACAAAAUUGUUCAAACUAUGCUGGGUUUUUUUUUUCCCUUAAAUAAAUCUUGUAUUCUACAGUUUCA